CUUAAACCCUCUCUAGAUUCUCAUAGCCAUGUCUUCUUCCGACAGAUCCGAUGAACAUCACAAUCAAGAUUCUUCCAAACUUAUUGAACCGGAGACGGUGACGGUGACGGAGAUGAAACCGAAAGACGAAACCCGAGUUUUUUACUGCAAAUUCUGCAGUAGAAAGUUCUCGAAUCUACAGGCUUUGGGAGGCCAUCAAAACGCUCAUAAACGAGAGAGAGACAUUGCCAAACGAGAGAAGGCCGCCGCUACCGCUGCCGCUGCUAGAAGUACGGACGCGUUAUUGUCUUUUUACCAUCCGUAUUAUUCAGCAAUGGCGAUUCACUCUCUGCGAAACAAAGACCUAGGGUUUCCGAUUCGGCCACACUCGGCGAUUCGUAAACCGAGUCGGUCCCGGGUUGAAUUGGGCGGCGCUGCUGCCUAUGCAUACCGGUUGUGGUCGAGAGAACAAUACAUGGCAGCGGCACAACAGCAGCAAUUACAAACUGUAGCAUUAUUACAAGGCGAGAAUUUGGCUGCGACUCGAUUGGAAUCCAUAGCCCUGGGGAGUACAAACGCUUCUUCUUCUUCACAGAUUUUUGGUGUUGAUCAAUACAGUAUCAAUGGUCUUGAUUUGUCUCUCAAACUUUGA